AUAUAUAUACAAAUCAGGAAGCAAUUAAAGGGGAACAGCAUAUUUUAGCAGAGCUACAACUCAUUCACAGAGUGCCCUGAUGGAGGAAACUAGCCUUGGCUGUGUUUGCCAGCAAAAGAUAUGUUCCUUAAUUAAUAUUUUCAUGAAGAGGGACCACAUGAGAGAUCUCAGAAGAUACCUGGUACUCAAAUAUAUCCAGUACUUAGUCUUGCCUUCUUCGAAUACUCUCCUCACACUUUUGGGAUUGUUGGGCAGCCUAUAUACAACACUCAUCUUGAAGUCUCCAAAUAUUUCAUACAAAUGCACUGUUGUUUUUAUUUCAGAUCUAGCGAAAGCAGACAGUCUCGUUUUUGUUAGCAUGGUUUCCAAAGGGAUCGUACAGACAUUUGAUGCUCAAAUCCUACCUGCAACUUUUACAACAACCCUGUUGCAGAAUUUCCUUACUGCAAACACACAUAUUAGUUACAUGCUGCUAAGCUGCGUUGCUUGUGAGGCACUUUUGAUAACCCUGUUUCCAGUAGAAUCUCGCCAUAUAAGAACGGUGAAGCAUGCCAGACAGACAUCUAAUAUAAUAUGGAGUUUAGUAAUUGCAGAGUGCAUCAUAUUUCAGAUGGAAGGAUUCCAAGAAGAUGACAUUGCCUCUUUUGGCAUCAACCGUCAAUAUAUUUGGUUGUUCCAGUUCUCUUACAUGGCAGCAUCUCUCCUCAGAUCACUUACUUCCUUCAUAGGGUUGUCUUUAAGGAUCAUCAAUGUAUACAUUUAUUACAAAAUAUUUUUUAAUGCAUCUAACACAGGAGGCAGCAAAACUUGACUCGCAGGCCAUAUCUGGCCCUCAGAUGAUUCUAUCUAGCGCAUGAGCAGGUGUCAUGGGUGGUGGCUCUGACUCCAGCUUCUGCUGGUGCCACAGGGGACACUGAGAGGAAGCAGCCCUGCCUGUCUGCCUAGCUCUAUGUGACAGGUCCUGGGCAAGCUGUGCUUGGGCCCCAGCACCCACUUUAGGCUGGUCUGGUGGUGCCCCACCUGCCUGCAGCUCAGAGCUGGUGAGAGCCAUCCUGGGCACUAGGGCCCUGUGGUGGGUACUCCAUAUCUGUGCCUGGAGGUGGUGAGCUUCCCUGGCCUCACGUUGCCCUGUGCAGCACUGCAGUCUGGCCAGGCCACUUGCUGCCUCCUGACUACAGCCAGCAAGGCUCCUGUCCCAUCUGCCCUAGUGAGGCUUCCCCCAGCACCCUGGGCCUAGGGCUAGGGCUGGGGCUCCUCCUGGGAGAAAGGGGAUCCCUGAGCUGCAGGUGGGCACAGGCUUCAUGGCCUUUGUGGGGAGCUGGAGUAGGCUGGAGGGGGCUGCUGGGCUUCCUUGGGCUUUGUGGGGGUAAGUGUAGGCAGGAAGGGGUGGGGGACAAGUGGGCUUGGGGUGCUGGUUCU